CGGGGGGUGCGGGGGGUUCUGCGUUCGGCCGAGAACGGUUACGAUCGUUGCCCGCCUGGAGCCCUCUGCCCGAACAACUCCGACGAAACCGAUUUCUGGACCCCGUCCGCAGGUACUUGGGAAACUUCUCCCAUCCCCCCUGUCCAACAAAGCUGUGAACUGAAGUUUCAAGUGAAGGUGAGAUGGCCAGCAAUCACAAAUCCCCGUUAUCUCGCCCUGCUACACGAAGUGGAGUGGGGUUGACAGGAAGGCCUCUCUCUGGAAUGUGGCCUCCAUCUGGAAACGCUCGGUUUGCAACAAGAAUGACUCCUCCAUCAAGGCCUGGUUCUCGUUAUGGAAUCUUGGGGCCCACAGGAUUGCUGACCUCUCACAUUAAAGUUUUAGAUCGUCCGGUGACCCAGCAAGGUUUGCGAGGAAUGAAAACUACAAUGAAAGGUCCUCAGAGGCAGAUUUUGGAUAAAUCUUACUAUCUUGGUAUACUGAGAAUGAAAAUAAGUGAAUUCAUAGCAGAAAUGAAUAAACUGAAAAAAGAAAUUGAAAUGUUCACCCAAGAGAAUUUUGUGUAUUCAUCUUAUGAAAAAAGGGCAGAGAUUUUAGCUUGUGAAAUCAAAGAAUUUCAAGGACAACUGGCAGACUACAACAUGUUAGUGGAUAAGCUCAAUACCCAUAUUCAGAUGGAAGAAGUAACAAAGGAUUACAAUAAGCUGAAAGCCCAAAAUGACCGAGAAGCCGUAAGAAUAGAUGUCAUUUUUACAGAAAGACAAGAGAAAGAAGAGAUAAUUCGAGAAGUAGAAGAAGAUAUAGAAAAGGAAAUGCUAGCAGCGGAUGUCAUUAUUAAAAAUAUGUCUCCAGAAGAACAAGACAAAUACAUUGGGAUGAAGGCUACAAAUGAAAGACUGUUGCAGCAAUUAGAUGUAUUUCAACAGGAGCUAGAUACCCUGAGCAUGAAGAAGAAGAACCUAGAAUUUGAAUUGAGAAACUCCCAAGUAAAGCAGGAGGCUGUCCUGCUAUUUGAAAAACUUAAUGAAUUGGAGUCCCAACGAGAUAAAAUAAUUUCAGAAAGCAAAAAUGAAGAAUCGCCACUGGAAGAGAGAGACCAAUUACUUAAACAGGUUAAAGAUGAUAAUCAGGAAAUACUGAUAAUGGAGAGACAGUUAGCAGAUAUAAGAGAAAAAAUUAUCAUUUAUAGUGAAGAAGUACGACAACUGGACAUGGAAAUAACCGAGCACCAAGGUGAAAUGAGACAGAAAUACAAAGAACUGAGGAAAAGGGAGGAAAACAUGGACUCCUUUAUUGAGUCUUUUGAAGAAGUGAGGAAUCUGGAACAAGAUCGGAAAACCCAGAUGGAAACCAACAUUGUUUCACUGCUGGAGCAUUCUAGUAGAAACAUAAAUCGCAUGAAAGAGAUUUCUUGUGUCACUAAUCAAGAUCUGAAGUUGAUGCAGGAGGACCUCAAUUUCAAAUCCAGAGAAAUGGAGAAAUCACGGAGUACAAAUAGAAAUCUUUAUUCAGAUAGCCAAUGUCUGCAGUUGGAUCUGCAGAAGAUGGAGCUCCUGGAGAGUAAGAUGAGCGAAGAACAGGCUUGUCUUCAGAAUAAAAUUGAGCAGAUGAAGAAGGACUUAGAGAUUUAUGGAGACUUGAUGUCUUUGAAGAUGUCAGGCGAAGAAAAUAGAAAGAUACUCUACCAGGAGAAAGCAAAAUUAUCAAACCAUAAAAUCUCCUAUGAGAAAGUAAUGGAAAAGCUGAAUGCCAAAUGUGAGGCUCUCAAGCAACAACUGCAAGAGAAUGAGACACAUUGUCAGCUUGUCAAUUUGCAAAAGAAGUGGCAACACCAUGAGCAAAAUAACUUUGUGAUGAAAGAAUUUAUAGCAACCAAGAUUCAAGAAGGUGAUUAUCAAUCAAUAAUGAAGAAUGUGACUAAGCAGAUUGAAGACUAUAACAAAAAUAUCAUAGGUGCUUUACAUAGCACUUGUAGAAAUUGAACCUGAAUCACUUUCUACCUACGUAAUUUAGCAGUCCAAAAUCUUAUACUAUUGAAGAUGUUCACAAGUACCACAAAAUACUGAAUUGCCUGAAUUCCUGAAGCCUGGCUUCCAGAUGGAGAAAAAGGGAAUGUUUGACACUUAAGAAUUACUCUAAAACAAUUCCUUUAUAUAAGCUACUUGUCAAUAGCAAUCUCUAUGCAACUUUCAUUUUUGAAAACAAUAGGUAUUAAUCGUUAAUAAAAGGACUGGAAAAGUGG